AUGGUAUUAGCGGGCCAAGACGCGUGGCGGAGCCAUCCUUUCCUGACGGGGUGCAUCAAGAAGCCUGUGCCUGGCUUCGGCAUGGCCGCCGGAAUCUUUGCGGUCUACUUGACCGUCGACACGAUCGCCAACUUGGGCAACAAGACCAGCCACAGUCACGCCCACCACGCACCUGUCGUUUACGUCAAGGAAGAAAUCGGCGAACGUCCCCGCCUCGAAAGCUAG